AUGGCGCUGGCUGUUGACGAGGAGGGUGCGACAGAUGGGAUUGGAAGAGCCUAUGCAGAAGAGUUAGCAAGCCGUGGUCUCAAUAUCAUCCUGAUUAGUCGGAACCAAGAGAAGUUGCAGAUGGUUGCUAAAGACAUAGCUGACACCUACAGAGUGGAAACCGAUAUUAUAGUUGCAGACUUCAGCAACGGCCGUGAGAUCUAUGACCCGAUCCGAGAAGCCUUGAAAGACAAAGACAUUGGCAUCCUGGUAAAUAAUGUAGGCGUGUUUUAUCCCUACCCCCAGUAUUUUACUCAGGUCUCCGAGGACAAACUCUGGGACAUCAUAAACGUGAACAUGGCCGCAGCUAGCUUGAUGGUCCACAUGGUAUUACCGGGAAUGGUGGAGAGAAAGAAGGGCGCUGUUGUCACCAUCUCCUCUGGCUCCUGCUGCAAACCAACUCCCCAGCUGGCUGUAUUUUCCGCUUCCAAGGCAUAUUUAGACCACUUCAGCAGGGCACUGCAGUAUGAAUAUGCUUCCAAAGGAAUCUUUGUGCAGAGUCUGAUCCCUUUCUACGUGGCUACCAACAGGACCGCACCUGGCAGCUUUCUGCACAAGUGCUCGUGGUUGGUGCCCUCACCCAAAGUAUACGCGCAUCACGCUGUUUCUACUCUUGGCAUUUCAAAAAGGACCACAGGAUACUGGUCCCAUUCUAUCCAGUUUCUUUUUGCACAGUAUAUGCCUGAGUGGCUCUGGGUGUGGGGAGCAAAUAUUCUCAAUCAUUCUUUACGGAAGGAGGCCUUAUCCUGCAAAGCAUGAAACCGGAUGAUGGUUUGGGAAGUUUUGCCAACUCAUGAACCUGCAGUAUUCUGACAUUUGGAAGAACACAUUUGAUUUAUCUUCUGUACGUUCUCUUAUCACUGGUUAUGUAGCAUACUGCUGACUUAUCAUUUGCAAAGCAAACAUAAUACUUUAAGAGAAUGCUGUGGAAAAACCUCAAGGGCCACAGGAUGGCACAGCGUAAAUAAUGAUGAAGGCACAGAAACGGAUUGAGGAAACCUAAAUUUUGUUGCUUUUUUCUUAAGCUUUUCAAAAGGUGUGUGAUUAUGUUGUUCUGGGAGCUACAGCAGUCUGAUAAUGAAAUAUAAUAUGACUUUUCAGCUCUUACAAUUUCAGAUUGUUUUUUAAGGGAAAUUAUUUCAAUAGAUACAUUAUAAUAUUGGUUUUCAAAUGUUCAUCAGAAACGACUAUUUAAAAGGUUGUAAGAGCACUGGUAUAAUUAACAGUAGAAAUCUGUGUGUAUUAUAUUGUAUAGCUCUAGUUGUUUGGCUAUCUGUCUAUGAAGAUGCUGCUUUUCAAAUGGUACUUCAUUAGAGAACCAUGUAUGUAUGUAUGUUGUGUGCAUCUGGCCACUUUAUUUAUGGGUAAUUUACUUUGAAAAAGAUUUUUGGUCAUGAUGGCUUAAGUGGAACCUUUAUGGGAUGUUAAAAUUCUAGUUUAUUCCUUUUCAUACUGAACAAGCCUACCUAAUUUUGUGCUGUAGGUUUGCCAUGUGUAAUACUGCUUAUUACAUUCUGUUGUUUUGUUUUUUAAUCUGCUGUGGAAUUAAUUCAUUCCGAGAUUUGACAUGUAAUGUUUGACCAUUAGUCAUCUCUUGACUUACAGUUAUUGUGGAUAAGUAGUGAUUUCUCAGCCUAUGACUCUUUUAGUAACUGAAAUUUAGCCCAUGAGAGCUUGUUAUAUCUGUUUUUCAUACACUUUUCUAUGUAAUACUGUUCCGUUACAGUACCAUUAUUGGUGUAAUCAUCAAGUAUUUAUGGAAUAGUAGUUAAAAUAUGAACAAUUAUGUGUGUGAUAUGCCGUAUCUCUUGAAAUAAGUUAGAAGCUCAUUUUUGGUUCAUGUAAUGAAUUUAUGCUUUAGAGUGAAUACUUUUAUUGGUGUGGAGAUAAUUGUGCACAACCCCCCACACUAUGGGCUAGCAGUGAGGCCUACUGCAAAAUGUUCUGAUUCAGGUCCUGUAAGCUCAAACGUUUGGAGGCCCAUAUACCUAGUGCUUUGACAAUUGUAAAUCACUACAUGAGUAUGACAAAAAUAUGCAAAUUAAAAUUUGGGGCUUAAAUAUUGUGACACUGAUGCAGAGACUAGUGAAUUGAUUGAAAUCAGGACUUCUAUGGAAUAGUUUUCUCCUGAGAUGAUACUCCAUUAUGAGUAGUCCUAAGCAUGCAUUUAUGUUACCCACAAUUUUGCCAGUGAUGUUGCCUCAGUAUUUUCAGAUAUUGGACUUAGGAGGUCAGUGGUUAAGUUCAGAAGCGUUUCCACUUAUAGAUCAGGCCUUCAUCACAUAACAGGAAGACCUUCAGAUAUGAAAAUUUGCCGUCAGUACUAUGUAACACUGAAGAUUGUGAAGGAGUUAGCCCGGAAGCCUUCAUUUUGUCAUAUGGGUACAUUCCCUCCCCCAACAAUUAAUUUGUGGUCAUUAAAACUAGAAUAAAACCUGACUUCAUGUAAAAAUACCAUAUUUAUAUCUAAGGUGUUAUGUGGUACAGUAAUGUCUUAUAAUUUAGAUGUUGAAUCGUUAUAAGAUGAGAAUAAGUAAAUGAUGUCAGUGAUGUUUUAAAAUUCCCUAUGUGGGAGAAAUAAUGCUGAUGCAAAGUUAGUGAAAGAUCAAAACAAUGAAUCUUCCUAGGUUUUCUCUUUCAUGAAAUACUUGUCCUUAGAGCUCAUUUGAGAGUGAUUCUGGGGGCACUGUAGACAGGGUUUGUUAUUUGGAAUGUGAGAAGUAAGAACAUUUGAAACAAUCUGAACUGUAAGUUUAAUAGUAAAAGCACUUGCUUCUGCUUCCUUUGAAAGAAGUUUUGCUCCAUGCUUGUAAACUGGUUGUUUGGAAUGAGAGUUACCAUUUUAUCCCAAAGAAACAACAUUAAAAAAUCACAAAAAUUUAAUCUAUGAAACCUGAGGUAGUAAUUUAUUAAAAACUGGUAAUUCAUCAAGAAAAUUACAAUAAAAAAUUAUAUAUAUGAUAGUUGAGUACAAUGGCAGGGUGGUUUGAUCAUUGACUCUGGCAACGUGGAAAUUGCUUGCGUUCUUGCUGUGAGCCAUUUUGUCUCGUGGGGAUGAAAGGAAUGUUGUCCUGGGUUCGAGAGAGUGGGAAGGAAAAAGGAAGACAGCAAGUAGACACAGCUCUUUUGAGCAGUCUUUGUUUUGUUUUGUUCUAAGCCCAGGUACUUGUUACAUUUGUGAACCAGAGGGAUAGGUGGUAUCCUCAGUCUUGACAUUGUGUGCCCUCUGAAACCAAGUCCAGUCUCUCUCUGUCAUCUCAGUUUUGGCUCUGCUGUUACAAUUUAGACAAGUAUUUGGUUUGAAUAAAAAUUUACCUUCCUGUGGAA